AUGGCAGACAGACCCUCAGCCGCCUCAACAGAAGACCCCAACGCAGCCGCCGCUGCCCUCGCCUACGAGCAGCAGUACGCCCAAUAUAUGAAGGACGUUGCUGCCUAUGACGCUUACCACGGAGCAGGAGCCUAUGCCCUCGCCGUAGGAGGAGCUCCAGGAGCUCCAGGUGGUGCUCCAGGUGGUGCUCCAGGUGGUGCCCCAAGUGGUGCUCCAGAUGCAACUGCUGGUGGAGCCGCUGCUGGUACCGCUGUGUCCUCAGGAUACGGCGCUGCCGCACCAGGAUAUAACGGCGGCGAGUAUGACCCUAGCAAGGCGUCUGUAAGCACCACAGGAGGAUCUAACAGAUACGAUUAUGAUUCUUCGUCUCGGUCAGGGGGAUACGGAAAUACUUCUGCUUAUUCAUCUGCGCCUUACACUUCAGGAUCUAACAACAACAACAGCAGCAGCACUGGAGGAGGAGGGUACUCGCGUGAUAAUUAUUACCCGCCCAGUGGUGAUCGCGAUGGCGGACGCGACUCUGGACGUGACUCUGGACGUGAUUCGGGACGUGGGGGUGGAUAUGGUGAUGACCGUGGCGGUAACGAUAGGUCCUCGUACGGAGGCGGUGGAGAUCGCUAUGGAUCAUCGUCCAACCCGCCUUACCAGAGCGGAGGAUACAACAACCAGAGCAAUUCCGAUGAACCCCAGGUUCAGAAGAGCUCUGACACUAUUUACAUUAGUGGACUUGGAUCUGACAAGUCUGAGCGCGAGUUGACCGACAAGCUGAGCGAGCGUUUCGCCUCUAUUGGACGUAUCAGAAUUGAUAAGAAGACCAACUUGCCUAGGAUUCGUAUCUAUACGGAUUUCACAACGGGGGCACCAAAGGGAGAUGCCACCAUUACAUACGAGGACCCUAGCUCUGCAGGUGCCGCCAUUGAAUGGUUUCACGAUAAGGAUUUCCAUGGUCAUGUUCUAAAGGUUGAAAUGUCAGAGCAAAAGAUUUACCCUGGUGGCUUCAACACCCGUGGCCGUGGACGUGGUCGUGGAGGCUUCAGCAACUUCAACGACCGUGGAGGCUUCAGCAGCCGUGGCGGUCGUGGUGGCUUCAGCGGCGGAUCUGCCCCUCGUGAAGGCGACUGGGUCUGUGAAAGCUGUCAAAAGAACAACUUUGCAAGAGAAAACGAGUGCUUCCGUUGCAAAGCACCCCGACCCGCAGGAUCGGGCGGUGCCAGCAGCAGCAGCAGCAACAGAGGCGGCGGAGACCGCGGAAGCAGCACACGCACGAGCUACAGCGACACCAGAAGCGACCGUGGUGGCUACGGUGGCAGCAGCAAUAACGACCGUGGUAGCAGUGGUUAUGGAAACAACGACCGCAGUGGCGGCGGCAGCUAUGGAAGCAAUGACCGCAACAGCAGCAGUGGCGGCGGAAGCGGCGGAUACAACAACGACCGAGGCUAUGACCGUGGCGGCAGCAGUGGACGUGGAGGCCGAGGCAGCAGCCGUGGAUCUUAUGGCGGCGGCGGCGGAGCCGAUCGUGACGAUCGCCGUUACGAACGCCGUGAUCGUCCUUACUAA